UUGGAAAAUAAGGGAAGGGCUUUAACUCAAACCUGAACUCUCAUUGGACAAAUGAAACGUUUGUUAGGAUAUCUUCAUUUUAUUGGCUGUUUCACGGAUGGAUUAACGCUUCGUUUACAAUGAACAGAAAUGGAGAAGUAGGGAGUUCUACACACAGUGGAUUGUAAUUUUUGUGUAGCAUUAAAAUUUAUGUUGUCGGUAGCACACCCGCAGAUAUCCUUUUCGUAUUUAAACGUGAUACUUUAGACUGACAGACAAUUUGUCAAUUUGCUUUGCUACAGAACAAUGAAACACUCAGGCUAACGUUAUGUAGCUAAUCUCAUUUAUCUGUCGGAAAGACCGCUAGCUAGCUAUUAUUUCACACCGUUGCAAGUCCAACAAACAGGUAUGAUCGAGUACAAGCUGGUGGUUGUCGGGGCUGGAGGUGUGGGGAAGAGCGCUCUCACCAUCCAGCUCAUCCAGAACCACUUCGAGAGCGAAUAUGAUCCCACCAUCGAGGACUCGUACAGAAGGCAGGUCGUGAUUGACGGGGAGACGUGUCUGUUGGACAUCCUGGACACUGCAGGUCAGGAGGAGUACAGCGCCAUGAGGGAUCAGUAUAUGAGGACGGGAGAGGGCUUCCUGUGUGUGUUUGCCAUCAACAACACCAAGUCCUUUGAAGAUGUUCACCUUUAUAGAGAGCAGAUCUACAGGGUGAAGGACAGUGACCGCGUUCCCAUGGUGCUGGUGGGGAACAAGAGUGACCUGAGCACCCGCACGGUGGAAACACGACUGGCUCAGGAGCUGGCACGAAGCUACAGUGUGCCGUUUGUCGAGACUUCUGCCAAAACAAGACAGGGUGUAGAGGAAGCCUUCUACUCUCUAGUGAGGGAGAUUAGAAGAUACAAAGAGAGCAAACGCAGCAGCAAGAAGAGCAAGAAGAACACUCAGAGACGCUGCAUUAUACUAUAGCGCGCACACACACACACACACACACACACACACCAUCACUGAGAGCACUUGUUUUACUCUGCUCCCUCUGGAAACAUCCAGCUGGAAAACAAAUGUGUCCACAUCCUCUUCUUUCAAGUGACCAAUAGUUAUUGAUUCAUUUGAGACCAACGUCCAUUUUUUUUUUACAUAACUUCACUGUAAAAUAGUUCAAUUUUACACUUUGAGUCAAACCAGCUGAUGAGGUCAGUCCAAAUUACCAUUGAUUACUUGUGGGAAUCAACACUUCCCUUUUUUUCCUAAAGCUUUAGGUUUGAACUUUACAAGAAAACAAACGUUUUAUUUUUAAUAGUCUCUUAGCUAGUAUCUCACCGGGCUGCAUUUGUUUGAGAGAAAUUACGAUCAACUCCCUUGCAUUGAGUCACAGGGGCUUGAUCUUAUGCCUAGAAUUCUAAAUAUCUAAUAUUUUUGCCGGACACGCUCACGUUUCUGUGAAAAAGUUGUUGCUGUAUUCAGAAACCUCUCUAAACAUACUUCAGAGUUUCUGAGAUGUGCCAAAAUUCCAACCCCGUUCGGACCAGAGUUCCUACAUGUUUCCUUUUUCAAAGUUUUCCACACUCCGUUUUAAAGCUGUGGAAUGCUGAAAACUCAAGAUUUUGUUUAUUAUUUCUGAUUUUAAUCUGUCACUCUGUUAUUCGUUUAGGCUGAACUUGGAAAACAGGUGUAGGAGACUAUCUGCUGCAUUAGAAAAUAAACGUUCAUGGGCUCGCCCUUCUCGACUUACAACGGGGAAGGUUGUUGUUUGAGCAUCAAGGAAACCGUAGAGAACGUCUUGACAAGUAGAAGCUAACCAUUAGCAACUCCGCCACAAAGCAGAACUCCUUCAAGCUCGUGUAAUAUGUGGAGAUAAAACAUCAACAUUGCAAACUGAGUCAGUGAGUCACGUUGACGUGAGAUGUCCAAAAAUCAGGAAAUGGACUACAAAUUCUGUCAUUUCUUAAAAAUAAAACUAAAUCCUGCACGUCCAUCCUCUUUUCUGGAGUUGGGUCAAAGGGGCAGCCGCCUAAGCCCACUUGGGCCAGCUCCUCCAGGGAAUCUGAAGAUGUUCCCUGGCCAGAUGAGAAACAGUCCCUCCAGCGUGUCAUGGUUCUUCCUUUAGGUAUCCUGGUUGGACGUGCCCAUUAAACCUCACCAGGUAGGCGUCCAGGAGACCAGAUGCCUGAGCAACCUCAACCGGCCUCUCAAUGUGGAGGAGCAGCGGCGCUACUCUGAGCCCCUCCCAGAUAACCAAGCUUCUCACCCUAUCUCUAAGGGUCCCAGACUCAUUUUAGAGUAUAACUAGGGCAUGCAGAAAUAUGUUGUGGCUAAUCCAAAGCAUCUGAUUGGCUUUUACAUCAUUAAAAGCAGUGGGGACUAAAAUGUCCGUCUUAUGUAUAAAAAUAUGAAGGAAUCGGUGGCUUCUCUUAAAAAAACAAAUUAGAAUUUUUAAAGAACAAAAAUCUAUUUCAUACUGGAUAACUAAAACACUUAAGACGAGAAAAACAGCUCAUUUGCACAAUUGUGAGUUUAACAUCCAGAUCAGUUCCAGCUAAAACUUUCUGGGUGUUUUCUGAUUUCUCGUAGCCAGUCAGCCCAGUGAGAUGCUCUCUCCUCAGCCUCCGAGGCUUUAAUCACGCAAAGAAAAAACCAUCAACCUGGCUCAGGAUGUUCGUUAAAGCCUCACCCCUUUAGUAACCUGUGUGUUCGGGUCGGUGCCAUUUUAAACGUUUACUCAGGAUCUUCAAUCAGCCACUGAGUAACCGUGCUGCUCCACUCGGUGUUACCACUGCUUCUGGUCACAUGGUAACAGUAUGUAGUAAUAACUGCGUCUACACACUGUUGCAUCACUGCACCAGGCAGGCAUUACUGGCAGCGUUUACCACAGGUGAUGCUCGACGGUUAGGAAAUCCAACAAAGCAUCCAUUUCUGGUAAAUGGAUUGUUGGUUUUCUAUUUUUGUAGAACCACUGAGUGCAUUCUGCAGUGUAGUAAAACGCUGAAUGCACACUUGAUAAAGUGGUGAGUGAGCUACCUCCACUGUGAGGGUGAGCAGCUGGCUCGUCAGACUAGGAGCUCCUAAACCUGAGCUGUGGUUCUCAGAAGAAGGCAUCAAAUCUGUCACACACGCUUCAUUUGAACAAAUUAAAGUCUUUGGCACGUUUA